AUGAGCAUGAACGAGUUUAAUCCGGGUAGAUCAAAACCAUGGAACAUUUACAGCAGCUCAAAUCCGGGCCCCACUGAGGCGGAUUAUGUUAGCAAGGAAGGUUCGUGGAAGAGUUUUGGGUCGUCUAUUAACGCCAUUUCAUUCGGGUUUGUGGCCACGGCUAUCUUGAUCUCCAUGUUUCUCAUCAUGGCCAUAUUCGAGCAUUUGUUUAGACCGAAUGAAGCGCCCCUUGAAGAAUCUAGUGGCAUGGAAUCCAGGCAAAUGCACAAACUUGGGACUCCAGAAAUAACACAAACGUCAUAUGCGUCCGACUUCUCAGUGGUGAUGCCAGGUAACAUGACGAAGCAUAUUCGAGUAGCUGCAGUAAUUGGGAUCAACAGAUGCAGCUACUUACAUGGUAUUGAAUGGCAGCUCACAUGUGUCAUGAAUGACGAUGAUGGAUCGAUUAAGGGUAAAGAAAUGGAGAUCGAAAAUGAAGAAAGGGAGCUGAUUUUAGGGUUUGCAGAGAAGAAAAGAGAAAAUGAAAUGAAAGGGGCGCGUGACUUUGGUCUCAUUUCAGACAAGGAUUUGCCUUUGACUCUUGGUGGACACGUGGCGAUUGGAGAUUCAAGCUAG